UCCCCCGCGGGGAAGGAAGAUGUCAGACCUCGAUCUGGAAGACUUCGAAGGCGACCAGACCGAUGUCGAGAAAGAGGACGACGACAAGGACACGGAGGAGUUGACCAGCUCGCGGAUAGAGGGGGAGGAAUUGUCGGAGGAGGAACACUGGGUGCCCACCCCUCUCUCGGAGGACAUGAUGAAGGAAGGGCUUUCUAUGCUGUGUAAGACGGGCUCCGGACUGGCUCACGCUUUUGUCAGGCUGGAGGUCAGAGACAGGGACCUCACAGACAUCACCUUGCUGCAGUCCUACAUCCACCUGCGCUAUGUGGAUAUCUCUGAAAACCACCUGGUCGACUUGUCCCCCCUCAACCACCUGACCCACCUGUUGUGGCUCAAGGCUGAUAACAACCAGCUACGAAGCGCCCGGCUCCACGAGCUGCCCUAUCUGCAGAUCGUCAGCUUUGCCUUCAACCAGAUCACGGACACCGAGGGCAUCUCGCAUCCCCGUCUGACGAGCCUGGACCUCAAAGGGAACCGUAUCCAAGCAUUGACCAGUCUGGAUUCCCAAAAGCUACAGAACCUGCAGACGCUUGAGCUCCGAGGGAACCAGCUGACCAGCACGCUGGGAAUCAAUCUUCCGAAGCUGAAGAACCUCUUCCUGGCCCAAAACCAGCUGAUAAAGGUGGAAGGCUUGGAGAACCUGAGCAACCUCACGACCUUGCAUCUCCGAGACAACAUGAUCGAAACGCUGAACGGCUUCUCCAAGGAAAUGAAGUCCCUGCAGUACAUCAACCUGAGGGGCAACAUGGUCUCCGACCUGAGCGAGCUGGCCAAGCUCCGGGAGCUGCCCAAGCUGCGCGCCCUGGUACUGCUGGAGAACCCGUGUGCGGAGGAAAGCGAGUACCGCCAGGAGGCCCUGGUGCAGAUGGCGAACCUCGAGCGCCUGGACAAGGACUUCUACGAGGAGGAGGAGCGGCUGGAGGCUGACGAGAUCCGUCAGAGACUAAAGGAGGAGCCCGAGACGGAACAGGACAUUGACCAGGAACACGAAACAGCAUCCAACUAG